GAACAGCAAGCUGAAGCUAUCAUUGGGCGCCUGAAUUCUUUCCCGCACAAAUGCAACCAAAUGUUAUCAAAUACCACAAUUACAACACAUGCACUUCUCUCACUCGCCCUUCCCCACAUUGGGAUUCCAAAAUUUUGGGGAAUUUUUAUGGCAACGAAGCUUUUCAGCCCUAGUUUAUCCCCGAUCUCGACCUGGUCUAGUUAGUUCAACCUUGACCACCUUGAUCACCUUGAUCACCCUGACCACCCUGACCACCUUGACCAACCUAACCUGACCUGAUCCGACAAGACCUCCAUUUUAAGCAAAUAUUAGUAUACUAGUUUGACGACUGCCGAGUCCGAUCCUCGCCCUAUCGCCCUAUCGCCCAACAAUCGACGGUCCGUGCUUUCGAGGGUAUAUCGUCCGAAAGUUGGUAGGAUAAUACACACAGGGUUUAGCUGGAAUGUGAAAAACAAUUUGGGUCUGCACCGCUGACGACGUGUGCUCCCUUCCCUUCACCCUCUUCUUCUUUCCAUACAGCUCGACGGGUAGCUAGCUUCUCCCCCCAAGUCGACGAGGAGGGGAACGACUUGUAGACUGCUUGGCCAUGGCGCCCAGCUCUGGACAUGCCCCUCACCCCUCCAAUGGUUCCUCUUCGAGCGACCGGCGUUAUAGUCCGGCCAACGGGAAAGUUGCUGUAGUAGCGAGCAGACAUGAUAGGACUCCCAAUACCCCGAGAAAGGAGGCUAGUAGGCGUGAGGCGGCUUUACAAGAUCCGGGACUGAGAGACUACCGUUUAGGAGAAUGUCUAGGAAAAGGAGCAUUCGGUUCCGUAUACAAGGCGAUCCAUUGGGGUACCGGUGAAGCCGUCGCCGUCAAGCAGAUCAAAUUAGUAAAUUUGCCGAAAAGCGAGCUACGAAUGAUCGAGGCUGAAAUCGACCUUUUGAAAAACCUGAAUCAUGACAACAUUGUCAAGUACAUCGGGUUUGUCAAAUCAGCAGAUUGUCUCAAUAUCAUCUUGGAAUAUUGCGAAAAUGGUUCUUUGCAUUCGAUAUGCAAGGCGUACGGGAAGUUCCCGGAGAAUCUUGUUGGGGUUUAUAUGACCCAGGUCCUCCAAGGUCUUCAGUAUCUACAUGAUCAGGGUGUGAUACAUAGAGAUAUCAAGGGAGCUAACAUUCUGACGACCAAGGAUGGUAAGGUAAAGCUUGCAGAUUUCGGUGUGUCUACCAGUACCGUCGCCGGACCCGAUAAAGAGGCCCAGGUUGUGGGAACUCCGUACUGGAUGGCCCCCGAGAUAAUUGAGCUAUCCGGUGCCACACCUGCGUCCGACAUCUGGAGUUUGGGCUGCACAGUCAUUGAGCUACUGUCCGGUAAACCUCCGUAUCACCACCUACAAGCUAUGCCUGCGUUGUUUGCUAUCGUUAACGAUGACCACCCGCCACUCCCCGAGGGUGUAUCUUCGGCCGCACGCGAUUUUCUAAUCCAGUGUUUCCAGAAAGAUCCCAAUCUUCGCGUUUCCGCGAGGAAAUUACUAAAGCACAACUGGAUUGUAGGCUGUCGGCGAAGCGAUGCGCCUGUAGCGAAAGCCCCGGGUAAUUUCAGCCAAGCUGUCGAAGAAGUCAAGCAGUGGAAUAAAGCCCUUACAUCUUCUGAGACCAAUCUCAGGGUUUCAGCAGGGUCCGAUUCGUCAUUCCCUUUUCAUCAUGGCCAUCAAAAUUCACGAUUCUCAUCACAAGACCAACCUAGGUCCAAUGUCCCGACCCCAGCCAAGGCGCCUUUUGUACUUAAACCAAGACCCACUGCCGAGGACUUCCGGUCUCCUGAACUCGCGGACGAUGAUAAUUGGGAUGAUGAUUUUGCGACUGCGAUUUCGCCUAGUGCCCUAAAGCUCCCACAUGUCAAACCCCAGGACCACUUUGGUGGUAUGCUUUCAGCCGACCGUUUGAAAGCCUUUGCAUCUAUUGACAACUCACGAGACUUGUCCCCUAGCUGGGAGAAUGAGUUUGAUUCAGAUCUCCUUACGACUGUACAAAAACUACAAUCGGUUCAAGAAGAGGAUCCACAGGAAAAGACGAUUCGCCCCAACUGGAAAUUCUCAGAAAAGGCUGAGAAGAUAGUAGAACCAAAGCCUCAACCGCCAAAGUCAUCCUCUCGUAAACGAACGGGAAGUGGCCAUCAGAGGCAAAAGUCUCAGCCUAAGAGUCAUCUCGGUAGCAAAUUUGAGUUACCCUCUCGACCUGAUCAACUGUUCAGAGAGCAGACGACAGAGGACUAUUCGGAUAUCUUCGACGACAACGAAAGUGUCUUCAACCAACGCUUAGGUUUAUCCAAGAAACCUGAUGCCCCCCAAUUAUUCCAUCCUUCGGAUCUCACCAGCUUGCCGCGGUCUAUGCAGUCGCCCGUGGCGAGCAGCAUACGAAGACCAGCUUCAGCGCGACCUUCAGCUCUUCCCGACCGACCGUUUCAAAGGUCUAAGUCAUCCAUUGAAAUCCAAAAGUUUGCGGAAGAUAAGGAUGAUGAAGACUUCUCCGAUAUAUUUGGUCUCGCUGACAACUUGACCGAGAAGGAAGAGAGUGACCGGGGCUCCGAGGAAGGAAAUCUCAUGGUCCUAUCCCGACUUUCAAACAAUUCUUGGCUAGGCGAUGACGAGGACGAGGACGAUCCAUUUGCCUCCAUGGAUCCGGACUGGGACGAGAUGGACCUUGAAGCAAAUAUCGCGCGGGAUCGCCAUGCGCGACUAGCCGAGAAGAUUGAAGAGCUUGUACGCUCACUCAAGACGACUGAGGGUGAGGAUAAGUUACUGGAACUUUCAGAGGAUCUGCUGGCGCUGCUCUGGGAAAAUACAGAAGUCAAGAAUUUGAUCAUCAGCGCCCACGGAUUAUUACCAAUUCUUGAGAUCCUUGACCUUUGUACUAUGAAGAGCAGACAGCAGAUGAUCCUACAGCUAUUGCAAGUUGUUAACACGAUUAUCCUUGAUGAUGUUGAACUGCAAGAGAACCUAUGUUUCGUCGGCGGAAUCCCAAUUAUCACCAAAUUUGCAGCACGGCAAUAUUCGACUGAAAUUAGGCUAGAAGCUGCCGCCUUUGUAAGACAGAUGUAUCAAACAUCCACCCUAACACUGCAGAUGUUUGUCAGCGCUGGCGGUCUCAAUGUUCUUGUCGAAUUUUUAGAUGAGGAUUAUGACACUGCGAGGGAUUUAGUGCUGAUUGGUGUGAACGGUGUUUGGAAUGUCUUUGAGCUUCAAGGUCCUACUCCGAAAAAUGAUUUUUGCCGAAUAUUCUCGAGGAGCAAGAUCCUCUAUCCGUUAGCUCUUGUUCUGCAUCGUGUUCUCGAUGAAUAUACCGAGAACGAACUGACAGAACUCAUUGAAGGACGUAUUGUCAACAUCUUCUACCUGUUUUCGCAAGCUGAGAACUUUGUUAAAGAGAUGGUGGCCGACCGGCAAGUGUUAAAGAGCAUUCUAAAGGAUCUCCGGCGCAUGACACCUGCCCAUCAAAUCACGAUGUUAAAGUUCAUUAAGAACUUGUCGAUGCUUUCUACCACACUUGACGCUCUACACUCCGCGGAUGCCAUUGACUUCCUUAUUGAGUUACUUAGCAAUAGUAUGAAGAGAGGACAUCCCCAUUUCCGCGAGAUCUCUAAUCAAGUGCUCAAUACGAUGUUUAAUCUCUGUCGCUUAAGCAAGGACCGCCAAGAAUAUGCGGCAGUCAAUGGAAUAAUCCCCUUGUUAUUAAAGAUUAUGAAGACAGAUCGACCUCCAAAGGAAUUCGCACUGCCGAUUCUUUGCGAUAUGGCGCAUUCUGGAAGCAGAGGAAGACGGUCCUUAUGGCAAAAUAAGGGUCUUGACUUUUACGUCUCGUUAAUAGCAGACCAGUAUUGGCAGGUCACGGCAUUAGAUGCUAUAUAUGCCUGGUUGCAAGAGGAGACGGCAAAGGUCGAGGCGCAUCUCUUAAACGGCAAAUUUCCGGAGGCAAUCGUAUAUUGCUUCAAUACCCAGAAGACGAAUGCUUUUGACCCCAACGUGCUAGAACCCCUACUGAAACUCCUACGGCUAUCACCAUCUUUAGCGGCGUCAUUGGCAAAGUCGGAGAUGUACGCCGGAAUUGAACAAAAGCUUUCACAGAAGAAAGCAGUUGUUCGCCUAAACCUCCUUCGUCUCGUCCGAAACAUACUCGAAGCACGAGAAACCGAUUACUUUACAAAUCUUAAAGAUAGACAGCUCAGACAUCUGCUUGACUCAAUCAAAAUCCUGGCCGAGAAGGACUCUGCCGUGCUUGUGCGAAAUUUGGCAUCUGAUCUCGUUGUAACUCAUAUAGAUCCUAAUUCGGAUCAACUUGUUCCGCCUCUAUCUGCAUCGACAGCGUCAAGUGGAUCAAAUCGUGUAAGAUCCGGAAGACGCAUAUAUACUCCACCCUCUCUCCAUUCUACCUCCUCGGCGCCUCUUACACCAACACAUGCGUCCCGUCAUUCUCAAUCGGGUGCAUUUAUCGAAGUAGCAUCGAGUCCUAAGCGCUCAGGUGUAUCACUAGCUCAAGAGCGUGAUCCUAUUGCAUAUCGUCCCAGGAGCAAAGAGGGUAUAUCAGCCAUCCCUAUAAGUUCUCCUCGCCGACAGAACACCGACAUGCAACCUGGUAGUGGUUCUUCCGGCGGAAAGAGCAGGCUACCGAGAAAUUCGGGCCUGUAUGUGUCACGACCUAGCCUCAGUGCUCUUGCGACCGGUUCGCGAAGCGAAGGCAUGAUAUCACAUAAAGAAAGUAUCGAAGCCGUUACGGAUGAAUUGACUCGAUCGUCCAGAAGAAUUUCUCCACCGGAACAUAAUGGCGUUCGCACUGGUAGUGUUUCUUCUGCUUCUUCAUCUGUAUCUGGGUCAGGCAGGCCAAAAAGAAGCCGGGCGCCGAGUGAUGGAAAGCAGAAGUGGAGCACAUAAUACUUCCCUCUCAGAUUGCUGACCACUAAAAGUACAUAAAUAGGAGGUAGUUUAUACCGGCGAAUACUCGCCAGCCGGAGCCUAAGGAAAGGCCGAAAUGGGAGCUCUAUGGAAAUGGUUAGGAUGUCGCAUUUGCUUCUUCUACGCUUAUAGAAGGGAAGAAGCCUUUGUAUCUCGAGGAGCAUUUUAAGGGGUUCCACUUCAACGGGGUUUCAGUUUCAUUUUUCUUCUUCUACGGGUUAAGAGGAGUGUCUAUCUACCUACAUAGAGGGUAUUGGCGCACAAAGGGAGGAGGGGUAUGGUCUACAUAACGAAAAGUCAAUUUAAUAAGGUAACGAGGUUCAUGAUGCGACGUUGCUGCCUCCUGGGCGUGUUGCGUGAAUCUGUGACACGUAUGUUUCUGAUGGGAUAGUUAUGAUAGAUUGACUUUGAUGUAUGAUGCUAGUAAUAAUACAAACGGGGUUUAAGUAGAAG